AUGGCUAUCACCUGGGAUUCCAUCCGCUCCCUCCUUCUCUUCUUCGGGCCUAUGCUCCUCCCAAAGGCCAUAUCAUGGUAUCGCUCGAUCCGCACCUCGCCCCAUGGUCUCCCCAUCCAACCCAUGCCUCCGCGAGUCCGCCUGGCCCUCGGCCUGCUCUUCGCUCUCUCAGCAAUCUACCUCGUCAAGACCCUGCCCGCCUUUGCGCCCGAGAACCUCUUCACCCGCACGCAAAGCCGCCUCCAGAUCCCCGUCGACGUGCUCUUCAACCGUGUGGCCGUCCUCCGCCCGGGCAACAUCCUCACCGCCAGCGACCACGCCCUGCGAGCCAAGUUUGUCAACAUGGAAAGCCGCCUGUUGUACGCCCAGUUCGGCCCGCAAGUCCUCUCCGACUGCCCGUUUUGCAACGCCGACGAACCAAAGAGCUACCUGUACUAUGCUCUGCCGUCCCUCCUCUGGCCGCACCUGGCCAACCUGAUUGCCCUGGCGGCCAUUACGAGCCCUUCCUUCACGGGCAAGCACGGCUACCAAUGGCGCACGCUGGCAACCAUCGCGUCGCUCACCUUGGCCGGACUGGAAGCCUACAUUGCCGGCUCGUACAGCUACAAGGCCAACGCAAAAGCUCCGCGCCUCUCCGAUGUGGAUUUCUUCUACUGGUCCAUGCGAAGCUACAGACUCGUCGCGCUGGCCGCUCUUAACGCCGUUUUGGGGUGGGUCAUGUACUUGUCCUCGACGAACCGGGCUUUUGUGCAGCUGCCCUCUACGUCGGAGAGGGUUGAGGAUGUUGCAAAGGGUCUGUUGACGGUCAAGAGCAAACUGAACGCUAUCGGCAUCAUCAACAACACCGCCAUGAGGGACGAGGAGCUGCGCAGCAGGUGUCAGACUUACUGGGCCCACGAGGUGCGCCUGAUGAGGGACGUGAUGGAGGAGAGGGAGGUGGUGGAGGGCGUGAAUGAUGCUUUGAGUAACAGGAUCAAUAUAGAUUCGAUUUCCAAGGACGCCGAGACGUAUACAGAUAGUGUCUUGGAGCCGUUGCGGCAGCUGCAGCAGAGUGAGUAG